GCUACUUGUAAGUUUCUUCCAUGAAAUAAGCAGCAGAAGCAUGAGCAAACAGCUACCAACAACAUGUCGUCAAACGCAAGCAUUGAACUAGCAGGAGCUGAGUUAAAAAGCAAGAAUUAUGCAAAAGCAGAGGUCAUUUAUAAAGAGAUUCUGCAAAAAGAUGUAAAGAAAGAUGAGUCUCUAAUUAACGAGCAAGAACAAGCGAUGGUCGGCUUGAGUGAUCUCUAUGUUGCUGAAAAUCGUCAUGAAGAUUUAGCUAAAUUCGUGCAAGAAGUUAGACCCUUGAUGUCGAAUUUUUCGAAAGCCAAAGCAGCAAAAAUCAUUCGUACAUUGAUUGAUAAAUUUUCCGGUACGAAAAACUCACUUCCCUUACAAAUUGAAGUCACGAAAAGCUGUAGAGAAUGGGCUAUCGAAGGAAAGCGAACUUUUCUUCGUCAAGCCUUAGACACAAAACUUAUUUCUUUAUAUUAUGAAAACAGCUCUUACACCGAUGCUAUCGACUUGGCCAAUACCCUUCUUUUUGAACUCAAGAGGAUGGACGAUAAAAUGCUCCUCACCGAAGUUCAUUUACUAGAAUCUAGAGUUUAUCAUGCCAUUCGAAACAUCCCUAAAGCCCGUGCUUCCCUUACCGCUGCCAGAACAGCGGCUAAUGCCAUAUACUGCCCUGCUGUCCUUCAAGCCAGCUUAGAUAUGCAAAGUGGUAUCUUGCAUGCUGAAGAAGCAGACUUCAAGACCGCAUAUUCUUAUUUUUAUGAAGCUUACGAAGGAUAUAACACAUUGGAUGACUUGAAAAAGGCUCUUUCUUCUUUCAAAUAUAUGUUACUCUCUCAGAUCAUGUUAAAUUCUAUAUCUGAAGUAAAAUCUCUUUUAACAGGAAAGCACGCUGUAAAAUACUCUGGAAAAGACAUAGACGCUAUGCGUGCUGUUGCUCAAGCUCAUGAAAAUCGUUCUCUUGCCGAAUUUGAAAAGGCUCUACAGGACUACAAGUUAGAGUUGGCCUCCGAUCCCAUAAUCCGCUCUCACCUUAGUACUUUGUAUGAUAACCUUUUAGAACAAAAUCUACUUCGUGUCGUCGAACCAUACAGCCGCAUCGAAGUUUCACACAUUGCCAAACUGAUUGGGCUUUCUACUGUACAAGUUGAAGGUAAACUUAGUCAAAUGAUUUUAGACAAAGUGUUUUACGGAAUCCUUGACCAAGGCAGUGGUGUUUUAAUUGUUUUCGAUGAGCCCCAACAAGAUAAAACUUAUGAGGCUGCUUUGGAGGUCAUCAAGAAUAUGGGAACAGUUGUAGAUCUCUUGAUUGAAAACAAAGCUACUGCUUUACUAUAAAAUGUAUUUUUCAUUUCUAAUGAACCCAAAUAAAUAAUUUUUUAUUCAAAA